AGACUAGUUGCGUUAUGUAUAUUAAUCAAAACUCACUGACACUAUUUUAAUACACAGUCUUUGUCUUUCGAAAAUUUAUAAUAGCCGGUCACAGGGAAAUACCUGCUCAUAAUAAAUUACAAUUUGUCAGAGUCAACAUAUAAUUAACGAAUAAACUGUUCAUCAUGACAAGUCCAGGUAUAGUGUGUCCGUCACCAGUGUACAGUAAACCAUCUCAAUCAUGUUGUCCGCAGUCCUCGCUACUAUAUCCACAGAUGACCUAUGGCGAUGCUUUAUCCUGUUACCCUUACAGUCUGAUGUAUAACAAUUUGUUCAUGCUCCAGACGGCAUACUCUACACCAAACAAAACAAGCAUUCGAAAUUACCUGCCAAGUUACCAUGACAGUAGUCCCAUCCUUGACCUUUCAGCACGAGCAAACAGUUGUUCAUCUCCAGAGGUUUCUUCAGAUGACAGUUUUGCAUCAGAGUAUAAAAAACCUGAAACACCAAAAUUCGACUUCCACCACUUAGCUGAAGCUGCAACUGGACAUAAUGGAAACAGCGAUGAAGAAGCCAGUUCUCCAGAAAAGACCAGAGACGCAUAUGUAGUCAGUCAUGCAUGGCGGUACAUCUUAGAAUCUUCAAGAAUGCGUAUGAGGUACCCAUUCCAUUACAACAAAUACCCGCUGAAAAUGGAUUUAAACAGAGGAAAAAAACCAAGAAGAGCUAAGAAAGAAUACAUCUGUAAAUACUGUGGUCGCCAUUUUACCAAGUCUUAUAAUCUACUGAUCCACGAGAGAACUCAUACAGACGAGAGGCCAUUCCCAUGUGACAUCUGUGGAAAAGCGUUCAGAAGACAGGACCAUCUCAGAGAUCACAAGUAUAUCCAUUCCAAAGACAAACCUUUCAAAUGUGCAGUCUGUGGAAAAGGGUUCUGUCAGGCACGAACAUUAGCAGUCCACAAGGCAACUCACAUGGUGUGAUCCUCCAUCCGUGAUUUCGUCAGUUGACUGAUUCUGAGGUGCUAUUUCCUGAUACUGCCGCAAAGUGCCAUGAAAAUGACAUUCCGCCAAAGAUUUGUGCAAUUUUAAGAGACAUUCGAGUGAACUUAAAAAGGUCUACAUAUAUUUGUUACGAGUGCUUAUAAACAUUCCUUGAUUGUUUUGUUGUUGAAUUAUAUAUUUUGUUAUUUGUUAUUGUAUAGUUAUCAAUUUAAAAGGUGUGUAUAUGUGUGUAUGGUUGUGUGUUUGUAUAUGUGUAUAUGUUUGUGUGUUUCAGAGUUAUUACUUUGAUAUAAAAUUGUAAAUAUGUACUUGUAUAUAUAAGAAUGAAAAUAAAAUCAUCAACUUGAA